AUGGGAAAAUUGAUAGCUGUUCAUUUUGAUGAUAUUUUAGUAUACAGUCAAGAUCAAGAAACACACCUUGACCACCUUAGAAAGAUUUUCCAAACUCUAAGGACAUACAAUUUAUAUGCCAAUGCCAAGAAGUGUACCUUUCUUCACAAUCAAGUUACUUUUCUUAGAUUUAUUGUAUCUUCUAAUAGAAUAUCAGCAAAGCAAAAAAAAGCUAAAGGUAUAUUAGAGUGGCAAAUUCUAACUAAUAUUUAUGAAGUUAGAAGCUUUCAUGGUCUAGCUACAUUAUAUAGAUGGUUCAUAAGAAACUUUAGUUCAAUCAUGGGCUUUAUUACUAACUAUAUGAAGAAAGAAGAGUUUAUGUGGAUUAAAGAAGCCCAAAGAUCCAUUCAAACCAUUAAGGAGCUAAUGAUACAAGCCCCUACUCUUAGAUUACCUAAUUUAUGUAAAGUGUUACAAGUGGCUUGUGAUGCUUGA